AUGACGACGAUGCAACCAGCACUCGUAUGUACCUACUGUCAAACGACAGCAUGCCAUUGUCCUUCACAGCAAUCGGUAUUGAACUGUUCGCAUUAUUUACUCGAUCUACCAUUCAUAGCCAAUUGUGCUGAAUCGAUUGUAUGGGAGACAAUCGAUUUUUCAUCACGUAAUUUACAAUCAUUCGAUGGAACAAAACUUCUUUCAUUACGUAUGAAACGUUUAUUAUUGAAUUCGAACUCAAUCACCGAUAUUGCUAAUGAUGCAUUCGACGCUGUUGCUGAUAUUCUUCGGGAACUUAAUUUAGAAAUGAAUCAACUAACGAACGUUUCAUCGACAUGGUUAAAUUCAAAGUUAUUUUGUUUAGAAAGAUUAAACUUGGCCGCAAAUGAAUUAACUUCAUUCAACCAUCUGCAUCAUGUUCAAUUAUUAAAUUUGACACAAUUAAAUCUCUCUCGAAAUCAAAUCGAGUUCUUUCCGAAUGGUAUUCAACAAUGGACUUCGUUGAAAGAACUUGAUUUAUCAUUCAAUAAACUUUCGAGUAUACCAAGAUUUGCUUUGACAGGUCUCAAUAACUUAACAUGGUUAUCAUUGGCCUCGAAUAGAGAUUUAAAUUGUGUUAUUCAAGAUUCGUUUAAAUAUCUCAAAUCGUUACAGUACCUGGAUCUAUCAAGUACCAAUUUACUUGAUUUCGACGCUUGUAUAUUCAUUCAACUGACUGGCUUGCAAAUCCUUCGGAUCGAACACGUAUCGUUCAAUUGUACGUCGUGCUGGUUACCGAUCGCGAGAAAGAAGGCUUUGGAACUUUCUGGUCAUUGUUUAAACAAUCAGACAAUUCAGUCAUUUGUUUCUUUAACUGACAAGCAAUUUCCAUACGCUUGUUCGAAAUCAUCCAUUGACUGUUCGACGGAUUAUUGUGAACCUGGCUCGUUAAAUUCAACGAAGGCAAUGAGUAAAUCUCGGUUAUCAUCGAAAACUUCUGAUCGAGUGAAAACUCUUACCGCUGAAAUCAUUGUCGGAAUUCUCUUUAGUAUUAUUACUCUUGUCAUCAUCAUUCUAUCAAUUGUUCUAGUGACGCGAUGGAAACAAGGUAGACCGAUUUUCUGCUGCCAUUUUUCACAAACAUCGCCAACGAUAGCCGAAGCGACACGUCGCCGUCGUCAACAUCAUAAGCAAAUUAUCGACAGUAAUCCUGUCGUUAUCGAAUCUGUUGUUACACAUGGAGCGAAUAUGAAUGUUCCACCUUAUCCGCAUCACAAUUAUGCUUAUUUCAAUGAUGAAACGUCGAACAAUAAACGAAAACUCUAUAAUCCCAUGUUCGCUGAUUCUCCUGCAUUGGAUAUUCGACAUCAACAGCAGCAGUCAGUUAUCGUUGUCGUCUCCGAUGACAGCAUCUCUCAAAACAGUCAGUUCUAUUCUGAACAUUUGUAA